AUCAGUUCGAUGAAAGUCGUGUGCUUAUGUUAGCCUGAGUGUUAGUUUUGCUUUGAAUUUUGUUUGAUAUAUGUAGUUAUAUUUGUUUGUGUAAUGUCUGAAGAUCUGAUGGAUAAUAAUAAGGAUCGCGUCGAGAGCAUUGAGAACUUGACAUCUACCCACAAUCAAAAACGAAAAGAUUAUCUACCGUGGGACGAUUACUUCAUGGCCACCGCAAUACUCUCAUCGAAGCGAAGUAAGGAUCCCUCUACGCAAGUCGGCGCCUGUGUCGUAGACAACCAUAAUCGGAUUGUUGCUAUUGGUUACAAUGGCUUUCCAAGAAACUGCAGCGACGAUGAGUUUCCAUGGUCGAAGGACGAAGAUAAGAAUUCGAUGAAAAAUAAAUACAUGUAUGUGGUGCAUGCUGAGGCCAACGCGAUACUAAACAGCAAUUGCACCGCACUGGACGGUACGCGUCUCUACACAACUCUCUUCCCAUGCAAUGAGUGCACAAAGUUAAUCAUACAAUCGGGCAUCCGGGAAAUAUAUUAUUUAUCUGACAAGUAUAGGGAUAAGCCUGUGUAUCAAGCUGCCAGGCGGAUGCUUGAUGCAGUUGGCAUUGCCUAUAAGCAGUUUAUCCCAACGCAAAAACAGGUUACUAUCGACUUUGACUUAAUUAAGUAAAAUGAUGUGAUUAUCUUUAGUUAAACGAUACUACUGACGUAGAGCAGCUAAUAUGAACUAAUUUAAUUGGUUUUGUCCUGAUUGUUGUGUAAUUCCUUCUAAUAAAAUGCAUACAAAUCACAAUUA